GCAGAUCAUUUCCUCAAUCUGCUGUUCGUGGCGAGGCGUGUGAAGAGAACAGCUGCGACAAACCUUAUACACCACGGAUAAAACACUUUAGGAUUUUCAUUUCCAGGCUUUUGGUUUUAUCGAAUGGAGCCUGUGAGGAUCGUACGAUUAGGAGUUAUUGUUUUUCUUUGUCAGGUACUUUCGUGUGGAUUUGCCGAGGAGUCGCCAUGCACACCUGGCUUUGAGUCGGAAUUAUUUGUGUUUCAAGUGCACAGAGAGCACCUUCAUAAGGGGAAAAGACUAGGAAAAGUAACGUUCAAUACGUGCGAUGGAAGAUCGAGAACACUCUUUCAGUCCGCCGACAAGCGGUUUGAUGUGAACACAGAAGGAACUUUAACACUGAAGAGACGGGUCACUCUUCAUGAGGGUCAUAAGGUGUUUUCUGUACAUGCUUGGGACUCCAUUGGCAAAAAGCACACAGUGUUUGUCAGAGUUGAGCGUGCUCACCAUCAUGAGGGUCAUCAUAUGGAUACUGUGGUGAACACAACUCCACAGAUGGAAUCUUCCUCUGACGAUCUGGUGAUUGUGAAGUUUCCAAGGUCUUCAGCAGGACUAAAGAGAGCAAAGAGAGGUUGGGUUAUUCCACCUUUCAAUGAACCGGAGAACAGCAGAGGUCCUUUCCCAAGAACGCUUUCUAAGAUCAAGUCAGAUUUUGCCUCAGAAACUACGAUGACGUACAGUAUCACAGGUGAAGGAGCAGAUCUGCCACCAAAGGGCUUUUUCAUAUGUGACAAAUUUUCAGGGACUAUUUCAGUGACACAGCCGCUCGACAGAGAGACUAAAGCCUCCUAUAAUCUCACAGCUUAUGCUAUUGGAGAAGGAGGCAUAAAAGAGAAGCCAAUUGAUAUCAUCAUCUAUGUGAUUGACCAGAAUGACAAUAAACCUGUGUUUACUGAAAAUCCUUUCAAUGGACAGGUUCCUGAAGCUUCUCUAAAAGAUUAUGAGUUUAUGACGGUCACAGCCACUGAUGCAGAUGAUCCAAAUACUGAUAACGGUGAUGUCAGAUACAAAAUUAUCAGCCAAGAUCCUCCGUUACCAAGUCCAGAUAUGUUUGAUAUCAACACCAUAACUGGAGGGAUUCGUGUCAUUGGUACAGGACUGGAUAGAGAGAAACACCGCACAUAUACUUUACUAAUUCAGGCUGCAUAUAUGAGAGGAGAGGGUUGGACAACGACGGGCACGGCUGUUAUUACUGUCACUGACAGCAAUGAUAACGCACCUCAGUUUGAGCAAACCACGCACGAAGCAUCUGUCCCAGAGAAUCAAAUUGGUGCCGUAGUGGCCAAGCUCACAGUUACUGAUGGAGAUGAACCCGGAUCACCCGCCUGGUCAACAAAAUAUAAGAUUAUAAAUGGUGAUAAAGGAGGAUUUUUCAAUGUCAGUACUGGACCCAGUCAGCUCGAGGGAAUCAUCACCACUGUGAAGCCACUGGAUUAUGAAAAGACCAAGCAGUACAUUCUGUCUGUGAUUGUUGAGAACGAGGAUCCGUUUGUCGGCUCUUUGCCCACAUCCACUGCCACAGUCACCGUCAAUGUGGAGGAUGUGAAUGAACCUCCAGAAUUCAAACCAAAAGAGAACGUCAUUUACAAACCUGAAGAUCUGGCUGUUGAUUCUGAAUUGAUUACUUAUACAGCCGUCGAUCCAGACACUGCCAGAUCACAGAAGUUAACGUAUAGAAUCGGCUAUGAUCCCGCCGGCUGGUUUAAUAUUGUCAAAGAAACCGGAGUGAUCAAAGUCAAGAAGCAAAUGGACAGAGAAUCCGGCAUGGUCAUAGAUGGCAAAUACAAAGCUCUCUUUCUGGCUGUUGAUGAUGAUGAAAAAGCACCAGCGACUGGCACAGGAACUCUGAUCAUCCAUCUGGAGGAUGUGAAUGACAACCCUCCCUCGAUUACUGAAAGAGAAAUAAAGAUGUGUAAUAGUGAAGCGCUUCCUGCUAUCCUCUCCAUCACGGAUAAAGACGGACCGCCUCAUGCCGGUCCAUUUCGUGUCGACACUCAUGGAGAAACCCAGAAAAACUGGACUGCCAGGAUGAAUGAAGAAUCAACCAAAAUAGAGCUGAUGCUCAGGACUACACUGGAGCCCGGCAUCUACAAUGUCAUCCUGAGAGUUUUCGAUCAGGGCGACCUGUAUCAGGACAACACGAUUAAGGCCACAGUGUGUGACUGCAAGGGAGAAGAUUUUCGAUGCACUGAGAGGCUGGCAGCAGGGUUACCGCUGUCUGGAGUUCUCGGAAUCCUCGGUGCAAUCUUGGCUCUGCUGUUGCUGCUCCUUCUGCUCCUCUUGUUCCUGCGGAGGAAGAGUGGAGUUAAAAAAGAGCCUCUUCUUCCUGAAGAUGACAUCAGGGACAACAUCUAUUAUUAUGAUGAGGAAGGUGGUGGGGAAGAUGAUCAGGAUUAUGAUUUAGGCGUGCUGCACAGAGGCCUGGACAACAGACCAGGAAUCAUGAGAAAUGAUGAGAUGCCAACUUUUAUGCCUGCACCUCAGUACAGACCUCGACCUGCUAACCCCGAUGAGAUCGGCACAUUCAUCGAUGACAAUCUGAAGGCCGCAGAUAAUGACCCCACCGCACCUCCCUACGACUCCCUGCUGGUGUUUGACUAUGAAGGUGGAGGCUCCGAUGCCGGUUCACUUAGCUCUCUCCACUCGUCCAGCUCAGGGAACGACCAGGACUAUGAUUUCCUCAAUGAGUGGGGCCCGCGCUUCAAGAAGCUGGCGGACAUGUAUGGAGGUGGAGAGGAUUAAAACAACAUCUUUGAGAGCUGUUUUUGCUCUGCUUGUUUUCUUCAAGCGAGAGAGGCACGUGGAUGUUUAAAAGGUGUGAAAUAAGGGACAAUUUUUAUACGGUUUUCACUUUGUCUGGUGAUUGUAUGUUUUGCUCGAAGGUAAUAGCACUGCUGAUGCGUCGCCAACUUUAAGAAAGAUUUAUUGACUUUCACAAGUGUUUACUUGUCCUCCGUAGUCUGGGCAGGAACAUGGCUGAAUUUUUUUUAAAACAAAGCUCCAACUUAAAGAUAUAUUCUAUAUUUGCUUGCAGAUAUUUGAUCUAUGGAUAAUGAACUGAGAGUACAGCGCAGGAUGUUGGUCCUACAUUUUAAGCUGUCGAUGCCUUGUAUAUUUUGUUAUGGAUUUAAAGUUUGCUAAAUGAAUUUAUCUUUUUACCAUUUCUUUGGCAUUAAAGGCUAAUCCAAAGCAUGAACUGUACUGUACAUUUUCUGUUUUUUAAGAACACUGAUGUGAUUGUUUUGCAAGGUUUUUUUAAAACUGGCAUCCACUUCUGUCCUAUUUUCCUAAACCGAGGAUGUUAAUCAGCUGUUUUUCUUUAUACAGUUUUAUUUUGGUAAUGUUUAAUAAAAUAUGCAAAUGAGCAUCAUUUUGAAACAAUUA